GUUGCGGCUGUACCAAAAACUGGCGGUGCUCUAUUUCUCUUUCUCCUUAAGCUACGCCAUCUUCUUGGAUCCAGAGUCUUCCAGCGUGUUGCAGAUGUCCGGCGGGGACCUACACAGGUAACCAUGAGCUCCCACCCUUUCUCAACCUGCUUGCUGUGAAAGCUCCUCUAAUGUCCCUGUAUAGACAGCAUGAAGGGUGCUUCAAAAUGCAGGCAGAAAAUGGUGAUCUUAUAAUGCCAGGCCAGUUCAACGCCAGCAGUAACUAUGUUUCAAUGCCAAGUCAUCGCUUUAACUUAGCAUCCACUCCAUAGCAUGACGACUCGCGCGCGUAUUCCCGUGUCUCUACAAGCACAUGUCCUUUCUUGUAGGCUCGUCGAGACGCUGAAGUUUGCGUACGCCAGAAGAGCAGAUUUCGGGGACGAAGAAAAGUCACGAAACAACGAGAACGUGAUCUUCAAAGAAAUAAUUGACAAAAUUAAUAAGACGCUGGACAGCCAUCGCCCACUCGAGGACGCCGAAGCCUACGGCCUGAAGCACGUUUUCGCCCAAGACUACGGCGGCGCCCACCUGUGCAUUAUCGCUCCCAACGGCGAUGCCUUCUCGAUCACCUCCAGCCUCAAUAGCGAGUUCGGCAGCAUGUUCACCACGUCAUCUGGCCUACUGCUGAACAAUUACAUGGACGCGUUUGUCAAGCACGCCAGCGACGACGCUCCGACGGCGAAUCUUCUCGGCCCGUCCAAGGCGCCCAUGACAUCGCUGGCGCCUGUCAUUGUCACCAGAAUGUCGUCACUAUCCCCGCUGCAUUCGCUAUUUGGGGGCACGGGCGGCAUGGCGGGACUGUCUGCCGUCGCCCAGCUCCUCACAUGCGCCGCAAAGUGCGCUUAUCACGACUGUGCUCUCAACGAAGCCAGGGUGCAUCCAGAGCUGGCCUCUGGGCAGUUCACUACGAACGUCGCCGGCAAGGACAAUGAUUUCAACACGAAGGGAAAGCUUGAAUCCUUCGGCCAGAAAGUGUCGGAGAAGUUCAUUCCCACCACGGCCAUGGGAAUCAUACCGACGCGUGGAGGAACCUACUUGGCCAUUAACGACACCAAGCACAUUGACGGCGGGAACACUGGUGGUUCGGAUGGCCACCUUUAG